AUGUUGGGAAGGAAGCCGGGAACCAGUCAACGGUUCGACUGGACGACAGUCGAUGGAAGACGGGAGGAAAGAGGGUCACUGCAAAACCGAGCGGUCGCUGCCCUCAAGUUGCUCAAUAUGGCACUUGUCAUGUCACUUCAGUAUGUGCCUAGCCCCACUUGUCCAUUUGAUGCGACCCGCAUAGACUCUCCAGCCGAGAGCUGGCACGCAUUUGGCAUGACGCAAAGCCGUGACCUGACCGGCAUGGCAUCUCGCUGUGAACGAUUCAGUUCUUCCCUCAUCCACUGCAUCACGGCCUUACUGCUAGCAACAGUGGCAUCUCCAACGAUUCCUCUACUGACCUACCUGAACGUCAUUUCUCUGACCACGUCACGUCAACGGCAAUCAGGCGACAAACAGCCCGAAUCAGUGGACGGCCUCGCUCUCGCUACCCGAGUACCUGGCUUGGCGGAAACCACCUACCGGUUAUAG